CAUUCAAUUCAUUUUAUUUUGUGUUGGCUGAAACGCGACGUGAUUUGGUUUGUGAAAAAUACUCGGAUAAGGUGGCUGCGGGCAUGCCCCUCCAAAAAACCAACCGGAAACCUGGUGAACAGUCAAGGAUUAUUCGUCAGUGAUAAUUUGCAAAAAGUUUGCCGUUUUUCAACGCAAAAAAACAAAGAUUUAGAUUUUUCGACGAAUUUUCAUCUCAUUUUCAUCUAUUGUGUGUUGGUGUUUUUUAUUUACAAUUAGACGAUGUGGACAGGAUUAUACAAUAAAGUGUUCAGUGGUUAGAUCUAUUUUCGACUGCAUAUAGUGCUAAAUAUAUCGUGGUGUUCUUGUUUUGAUGAAUUACUCCCGACAGAAGGCGUCCAAAUUUUUUUAAUGGCGUCCAACAUAGUGAAGAAACACCGUAUAAAAUCACCAACGCCGUCAACCCAGCAAUAGAGAAAUUAAAAAAAAAUGCACUCCGUCAGCCGCCGUCCACACCACACUAUAAACCACCUAAAAAUUAAAAAGAAACGCAACGAGCUUACCAACACUAAACCGAACGUGUGUUCCAAAUUUAAACAGAACCGUUAACGGACUCGCAUUCUAGAAUUUUUCGAUUUUUUUUUAUUUUGAAAAAGGAAGCUUUAAUAAAAUUUCUAAACGUAAAUUCCCAUUCGGAUAGUUGCCUUCUUAGUUAGUAGAUCUGUGAUUGGUCCAAUUUCUUGUAUAUUGUAUAAAUAACCACGUAGUUGUAUUUUGUGAUUGGCUGAUUAUCGUUUGGAGAUCGAAUAAAGGUACCAUAACAUGGAGAAUCCUGAAUCUGAAACGAGCUCCCCUCCAGAGGAGAGCGCGUUGAAUAGAAAUAGGAGUUUCAAGUCGAAACAACUAGUCAGAAGCCAGGCGAUACGCGAGUCGCAAUCUCCUCCGCGGCCCGCGUCACCCGCAGUCGACGACGCCAGUACCGAUACCGUUACCGCUACCGGUAACGGUAGUACCGGUAACGGUGGUACCGGGAAUCCGGUUACGGACGUGGUGGAGGUGGAGGAGAAGAGGCGCCCGGUUGAAAUACACAUCACAGGCGGGGCGUGGGAGAGCGGGGAACAGAAAUCUCGUCGCCGCUGGCCGCAGCAGUCGCGCGACUUGUUGUCAAACGGACCUCGUGUCGCUUGCGUCGCGGGCUGUCGCUCACAGUGCAGGGGUCAAAGACGACGGAACCCCUGCCCGACCAAACAGGAUUCCGGCAUAUCGUGUCCCGAUGACUGCACCGACUGCUCCGACUUCGAGCAUACCGGAGGCUCGAGUAACGAUGUCAGAAAAGCUUGCAGUUUGGAUUCGGACGAGUCAUAUUGCAGAUGUCCGGAGGGGAAAAUUAAACCACCAAAGACUAAUUCUUUAAGCAGAACUGAUUCAGAUAACAAAAUGGAGCCAACGGGCCCGGAGCUGGUCAACUUCAUAAGGGAAACUCUGAACAAGAACACAAGAGACAGGAUGCUGCUACUGAAGAUAGAAAAGGAAUUACAUGCACUGGUCACCGAUACUGGCCGGUGCAACUUCAAGUUCCCCUGUAUGACAUCGUACGAGCGCAUGUUGGUGCACCGAGUGGCCACUCUGUUCCAAUUGACUCAUCAUCUAGACCAGAACAGCAAGAACUCGGUCACGGUCAGCAAAAGCGGGACGAGUGGCGGCCGUAUCCCCUGCACCAGCUUCAAGCAGUGGUGCACCGUCAACUUCCCGCCCAGCCCCGUGCGGCAGGACGGCGUCAACGCCAAAUCAAUAUUAAAGCGCGACACACACUCGCCAGAGGACGCGAACGCGGCGAGUCGCGCUGUCGAGCGGAGCAAGAGUCUAGAGCAGAGGGAGAGGGAGUACGAGCGAGUGAGACGGAGGAUAUUCAGCACGGACAACUGUUCGCAGGACGAAUCUCAAUGGCCGUGGCUUCAAGCCGGACCCGUGAAACUGCUCACACCCGACUCUGGGAGAAAUAAAUUGUUAAAAGUACAAUCGCUAGAAGGUGCCGGUCCGCCUCAGUCAUGGCGCAACAGAGGCCCCGUUUCAAAAAGCCACAGCUUUGGCGGCUACGGCGGCGGUGCAGAAAAUGCUCCUACCAACCAACCGAGACUUCUUAGCCGGCAAGGUGACCUGGCGUCGAGCAGUUGGCGUCUGUCUCCCUCUAGCUCGGGGUAUAAGACGCUAAGUCUGAGGAGCACAGACUCUGUCACUCCUUCACCUACUGGUGGCGCGAGCCCGGAGCCGGGGUCGGAGAGCGUGGUGUUCGCGGUGGCCGAGCUCGCCUGCGUGCCGCCCGGCGCGCUCGUCAUACACCCACAGACGGGCCGGCCGCUGACCAACCCCGAUGGCUCCGUGUACCACUUCGACCCGCAGAACCCGCCCGUCAUGUACGACACAUAUCAAGAUCAAAAGAUUCAAAAUUGCGAAAAAAGAAGAGGGCGGUUGGAGAAACAGCACUCAUUUAUCGACACAGAAGCUGAAUGCCGUUGCGACGACGGUCGGAGCAAGUGUUGCUGCGAGUGUCGCCGACACGAUGGCUGCAACCAAAGGGGCUGCGACAACAAGAUUUCAGUACAACCAGAGCAAAAAACAACCCCAAUACCAUCAAGCCCGGUCAAAAACCGUUACGAACAAAAUGCAGAACAGACAACCAAUCAAACGACGCCGCCUGAUACGGCGGCCAAUCACCGACAACCUUACGACGCUGCAGCUACCCGCGUCGCGGAAUCGACCAAUCAGAGGCCAGAGAUUCAGAAUGUUCAAACGUUCGAACCUCAAAAUCAAGUCCCAUUCGAGCCUCAAAGAACGGAAUUCGAAAACCAGCGGCCGUACGAGCCGAAGGUAUUUGAAAAUAGAACGUUCGAAGCGUCGAAUCAGAGGCCGCCGUCGUUCGAUCCGUUGGCCAAUCAAAGGACGGCUAGCGAGAAUGCGACCAAUCAGAUGGCUCCGGUUAAUAAAUUGACCAAUCAGGAGAGCGUUGAGAUGCCGCAAUAUGUCCCGCAGCAUUACCACAAGGGAUUUAGAAAUGACGAGGUGACAUCGCCUCCCCAAAUGGUCCAGAACCCUAUGAUGGCUGACGUAGGGGUCUACAACAUCAUGGCCCAGGCCAAGGUCACUCCUGUACCCGUAGACCCCAACCUCCGUGAGUACAGUUUGUUUAUGGCCCAACCAGAGACAGUAAUGGUCCAGAACCCUAUGAUGGCUGACGUAGGGGUCUACAACAUCAUGGCCCAGGCCAAGGUCACUCCUGUACCCGUAGACCCCAACCUCCGUGAGUACAGUUUGAUUAUGGUCCAACCAGAGACAGUAAUGGUUCAGAACCCUAUGAUGGCUGACGUAGGGGUCUACAACAUCAUGGCCCAGGCCAAGGUCACUCCUGUACCCGUAGACCCCAACCUCCGUGAGUACAGUUUGUUUAUGGCCCAACCAGAGACAGUAAUGGUCCAGAACCCUAUGAUGGCUGACGUAGGGGUCUACAACAUCAUGGCCCAGGCCAAGGUCACUCCUGUACCCGUAGACCCCAACCUCCGUGAGUACAGUUUGAUUAUGGUCCAACCAGAGACAGUAAUGGUUCAGAACCCUAUGAUGGCUGACGUAGGGGUCUACAACAUCAUGGCCCAGGCCAAGGUCACUCCUGUACCCGUAGACCCCAACCUCCGUGAGUACAGUUUGUUUAUGGCCCAACCAGAGACAGUAAUGGUCCAGAACCCUAUGAUGGCUGACGUAGGGGUCUACAACAUCAUGGCCCAGGCCAAGGUCACUCCUGUACCCGUAGACCCCAACCUCCGUGAGUACAGUUUGAUUAUGGUCCAACCAGAGACAGUAAUGGUUCAGAACCCUAUGAUGGCUGACGUAGGGGUCUACAACAUCAUGGCCCAGGCCAAGGUCACUCCUGUACCCGUAGACCCCAACCUCCGUCCGGUGUCACUCACGAAUAUGGUGUUCCCCGCCGUGGCGCCGGCCUACCCCUACCUCACCCAAAUGCGGAUGGAUCAACCAUUGCAGCCAAUGUACCAGCCCUUGAUGGAAGAACAGAAGUUGACGCCGUCUCCCCACAACGAACCUUUUAGGAUCGACCCGUCGUACCAGUAUGCGUACCCUUGCGGCGCGUGCGCAGGCGCCUGCCUCGACCCGCAUCAGCACCAGCACCAGCGGCCUUACAGCGCGGGCUACGGGCAGCUAGAGCAACCAAUGUUGCAGCAACCGUACCCCGUGGGCAACGUGUUGCUGCAACACAACGUGCAACACUACCCUUAUAAGAGAUGUAACAGUUACAGCGCGGGCUACGGGCAGCUAGAGCAACCAAUGUUGCAGCAACCGUACCCCGUGGGCAACGUGUUGCUGCAACACAACGUGCAACACUACCCUUAUAAGAGAUGUUACAGUUACAGCGCGGGCUACGGGCAGCUAGAGCAACCAAUGUUGCAGCAACCGUACCCCGUGGGCAACGUGUUGCUGCAACACAACGUGCAACACUACCCUUAUAAGAGAUGUUACAGUUACAGCGCGGGCUACGGGCAGCUAGAGCAACUAAUGUUGCAGCAACCGUACCCCGUGGGCAACGUGUUGCUGCAACACAACGUGCAACACUACCCUUACCCAGAUGCAAUGCAAUGGGGCAGUCCCAUGAUACCCGGAGCGCCACCGAAACUACUCAUGCACGAACUGUGCCCCGUGUACCCCCAGUACCCCUACAUGUACCCACAGAUGUUACCACAACCGUACCCGAUAGUCCAACCAAUCUACCCGACGCUAGACAAGGACAGGAGACCGCGACGCGCACACACUCUUCCCACGUCCCAGCGAACAACCCCCCAGCCGAGGGACAGAGACAGCGAGAUCGCGCUCAAGAUACAACAGAUAAAGGAGCAAAUGGCGCACCUGAACACUCAGGACAAGGAGAAAAGCGGCAACGGGUUGCUAGGCAACGCGCCGCCCAACUACAACGGCAGAUUAGGGCGUAGCGUGUCGACGAACGACGAGACGCAGCUGUCGUCGGCGGCGCGCGCCAUCGUCAACUCCAUACGGAACAUGCAGGCGCACGCGCACACCACCCAGCACGACGCCAGGCGGCAUAUGGGCGAGGGGUACCGCGAGCGACGCGACGAGAGAGACGAUAAGCGCCGACCGCACAGACAGAUGUCUCCCGGGAACUGGUGCAGGCGGUCCCCCGGCCCCAUGCACCCAACUUUAAACCACCCGCGGCGGCCGCACCCAGACACGCGCAACGGACGACGUUAACAUAUCCAACACACACACACACAAACACGUCCCGUGAUCCGCCUUUAUACAUACAUACAUCUUAUACUAUUGUUUUACCACACGUAACAUUGUUUAACCUUUUCACCGCGAAAGACGUCAACUGAAGCGUGCGGCUACAUUUUGACACGGUUAUAGAGACGGUCAUAGAGAAAUGUAUUAAGAAUAGUGCUCACCCAUACAUCAGUUUUGGUACCAAAACGACUAUUAUUUUCGCAGUCGACAUCUAGCAUCGAGUAGCGGAAUUAUCAGUACCGCUACUCGAUACUAGAAUUCUCUAGUGUCGCGACUCACGAAAAUUGUAUUGAACAACAAAUACAAUUCAUAUUAAAAGCAGAAGGAGUUGAAAAUAGAGUACCGGUUAAUCCGUUUAUAAUAUUAGCUGAAAUUGUUGAGCUUUAGACUUUUCAGUCGGUGCUACAUCUUUUCUCAAGUAGCAGUAGUCAGUACUGAUAAUUCCGCUACUCGAUGCUAGAUGUCGACUGCGAAAAUAAUAGUCGUUUCGGUACCAAAACUGAUGUAUGGAGUUAGCACUCUAUGUAUUUUUUUCUCUAUGACUCGGUUCACGAUGACGCGCCGCGCACGAUACGAGUGGCGUUCAAAGUUACAUAUGUGCAUAAUUGUUUUCCAUCGUAUUUUCUCGGAAACGUUCGUAUUUGUCAUGCUACUUCAGUCAACCUCAGUACUUUUUGUACCGAGACUGACUGAAAUAGCAAGACACGUUCGUACGUUUCCGUGAGAAUACGAUGGAAAAUAAUUAUGCACUACAUAUGUACCUAAAAUAUCAAGCCAUGGCAGAAAAUAGUAAUUUAAUCUAAAUCAGCGGUCGGCAACCUUUUAGCAGCCAAGGGCCACAUAGUAGUUAACGGAGGUGACGCGGGCCGUACUUUGUUAACAUUUAUGACUUUACGAGACAUUGUCGUUUGUCACUAUUACAUACAAAAUAGCCAAGGCGGCUC